AUGGGUGUCACCGGCCUGUGGACCGUUGUUGCCCCCACCGCCCGUCCAACCCAACUCGCCUCGCUCAACCGGAAACGUCUCGCCGUUGACGCCUCCAUCUGGAUUUACCAGUUUCUCAAGGCCGUCCGAGACAAAGAGGGUAAUGCUCUGCGCAACAGCCACGUCGUUGGCUUCUUCCGGCGCAUAUGCAAACUGCUCUACUUUGGGAUUAAGCCUGUGUUUGUGUUCGAUGGUGGGGCGCCGGUCUUGAAGAGAGAGACGAUUAGGAAGAGGAAAAGGAGACGGGAGGGGAGACGAGAGGAUGCGGCGAGGACUGCGGGGAAGUUGCUUGCGGUGCAGGUUGCGAGGGCCGCUGAGGAAGAAGAGAGGAGGAGAAGGGCAGAGAGGCAGAGGACACCCGAGGAGGAGUUACCUCCGGAUCAAGAGCUGGUGUACGUUGAGGAGCUGGGCAUGACAAAACAAGAACGCGCAGCCGGCCGAGGUGAAAAAUUCAAGAAAAAAGAUCAGUAUCAUCUGCCGGAUUUGGAGGGGAGUAUCGCGGAGAUGGGUGCGCCGAACGAUCCAAGAAUCAUGUCUCAAGCCGAGUUGGAAGAGUAUGCGCGGCAAUUUCAUUCGGGUGAGGACAUCAAUCUCUACGAUUUCAGCAAGAUCGAUUUCGAGAGCCCUUUCUUUCUGUCGUUACCGGCUGGAGACAGGUAUAACAUCCUCAAUGCAGCGAGGUUGAGGUCGAGAUUGAGGAUGGGUUACUCGAAGGAACAGCUCGAUGGGAUGUUCCCCGAUCGCAUGGCGUUCUCCAAGUUCCAGAUUGAGAGGGUCAAGGAGAGAAAUGAGUUGACGCAACGACUUAUGCACUUGAACGGGAUGGUGGAGGGAGACUUUUUGAGGGAAGGCGGUGGCAGAAUUGCUGGCGAGAAAGGAAAGGAGUAUAUUUUGGUGAAGAAUGAAGGGGUAGAAGGCGGUUGGGCCUUGGGUGUGGUGUCGAAUAGACAGGGCGCCAAAAAAGAGGAUGCGAUCGAUCUGGAUGAUGAAGGAAAGUCAGAUGUGGAUUUCAGCGCCGACUCGGAUCAAGAAGAAUUUGAAGAUGUCGCGAUCGAAGGCCUAAAUCGGCUUCCAAAAACAUGGGCGCGGAAGAGGAAGGCUGGCGUGGAUUAUGACAUGUCAUACGAAGAGGUGGCAGAAGAGAUUGCGAGAAAAAGGAAAGCCGUCUAUGAGGCAAGGAGGGCUGCCACGAACAGUACUGACACUGCUCCCAAGGUUGUACGGGCUGUUCCUCCAACCGUUCAGAGCACCACUCUGGAGACGGGUGAGGAAUCACUUUUUGUCCCGGAAGGCAGAACAGAGCCUGAGGACGAGGACGAUUUGUUUGAAGACGUACUACCUUUGUACCCUGAGCCCGAAGAAGAUGACGGGGACCUGCAACGCGCCAUAGCAAUGUCUUUAGAGCAGCCCACCGAUGAUGACAGACGGAGUGAUGGAUGGGUCGCUGGCGCAGCUUCAGAGGGACCUGCGGUCGAGUCCGGGGAAGAAGAUGGCUUCGACCUGCAAGCCGCCCUCGCAGAGUCAAGACGAACCAAAGUCAAACCAAGAACGAACGUCGAAGACACAAGUCCAACGUCAUCCAGGGUGAUAACCACUGCCACACCGAAAUUUGAUGGCCCCUUGCCCUUCGAGUCCCUCAAUCUCGGAGAGUCACUGCUGGGGAAGAAGAAAUCCAAGAAGAUUGAAGAAGAUCUAUCAGGUGGAUUCGAUCGAGAUCUCGGAGAAGAUGCUUUUCGCAAGGAGAGGCCUCCUCAGCCGAUGCCUGAAUGGUUCAAUGCUACUCCGAAUGUCAAGGAUAUGAGAUCCAAGACUACGGCUGCAGAUGACAUCCACGUCGCGUAUGGUGAAGGUGCCGAUCGAUGGGAUACAAUUCGGCGCCAUGAUGCCAAAGAGGUGAUCGACCUGGAGGCUGAGGAUGAAAAGGGCAGGAGUCAACAUCCAAUUGAUCUGGACGAGACGGAGGAGCAAUUGUUAACUCAAGCAUCUCCGGAAGCUGCCGAUGAGCCUAUCUCUCCUAGCCACUUUGAACCUCCUGAGGUUCAAGACUUUGAAGAUGUAGAAAAACGACUACGAGACGAAGAGCGCGAGAAACGAUACGAGAUGGCACGACAAAUUGCUGCUGAGAACCAAUUCGAGGAAGAAAAACAACCGACGAUGGGCGAAAUGGCGGAAGCGUUACAGGCACAACCUCCUCAAACAUCUGCUGUCCCGCAGUAUCGGCCCAACCCUGCUGCCGCUGAAAAAGGCGCUGCCGAAGAGAGCGAUUUUGAAGAAGUCGAAUGGAGUGAGUCGGACCAUGAACAACCUGUACAACCAACAAGCCCUGGAUCGCUCGGUACCGUCGAAGAUCAGUCUCCCCAGCCUCAGCGUGAAGCAGAAGCUGCGGAACAAGAUGGAGAUGAGAGCGAAGAUUUUGAAGAUGUGGACAUGGAGCCCGCUGUCGCACCGAUCCCAGGCCAAAACACGACCGUCGUCUCUCCUAGUCAUCUUGCUGCGAUACAGCUUCCAGACCUUAGCAGCCAACCCGCUCGAGAAUCCAGCAUCAUGGACGUUCCAGAGGGGGUCCCAGUCGAAGAAGAAGAAUUCGACUACCUCUCUGCUUCGGAAGAAGAACUCAUGCGUCAACUAGCUGAAGAAGCCGAAGAACACUCCCGCUUCACGUCCGCCCUCAACAAUGCGAAAGCCCCUUCGGCUGAAGAAGCCAUGCGCGACUUCGAUGCCGAGCUCAAAGCCUUGCGUUCUCAGCAGAAACGGGACCGCCGAGACGCGGACGAGGUCACACAGACAAUGAUCCAAGAAUGUCAGGCAUUGUUGAGACUGUUCGGUUUACCAUACAUCACUGCCCCCAUGGAAGCCGAAGCGCAAUGCGCUGAACUUGUCCGCCUGGGUCUGGUGGAUGGGAUCGUCACAGACGACUCGGACAUCUUCCUCUUCGGAGGGACCAGGAUAUACAAGAACAUGUUCAACGCCGCGAAGUACGUCGAGUGCUAUCUCUCUUCAGAUCUUGAGAAGGAAUUCCUGCUGGAUAGAAAGAGACUGAUCAGGUUCGCACAUUUGUUGGGUAGUGAUUACACCGAGGGGAUUCCGGGCGUGGGACCUGUCACUGCGCUGGAGAUUCUCACCGACUUUGAGGAUUUAGUGGAGUUCAAGGCGUGGUGUGAGAGAGUCCAACUUGGCCGACCGCAGGAUGUAGAAAAUCAACUGACCACGCCCUUCCGGAGGAAAUUUCGGAAAACGGUACAAAAACGUCUCCUCUUGCCCUCGGGGUUCCCCGACCUGAGGGUCGACGAAGCGUACCUGAACCCAGAGGUCGAUUCGAAUCCGGAGCAGUUUCAAUGGGGUGUGCCGGAUUUGGACAAGCUACGAGGCUUCCUGAUGGCGACGAUCGGGUGGUCGCAGGAAAGGACCGAUGAGGUCUUGGUCCCGGUGAUUCGCGAUAUGAAUCGACGGGAGGUGGAGGGGACGCAGAGCAACAUUACGCGCUUUUUCUCUGGAACAGUCGGUGUGGGUGGAAGGGGUAUCAACGGAAACCCGGGAAUCCGUAGCAGCAGAGCACUUGCUGUGGGUGGUGAGGGAAUUGGCCAGGCCCAGGCGCAAGCGGAGGCCAUGGCACCUAGAAAUCGCACGGGCAAGGAAUCAGGCCGGAUGAGGAAUGCGUAUAAAAGGCUCAGGGGGGAGGCAGAGAAACGGAGGAAGAGGCGCGUGGAGGAUGAAGCGGAAGAGGACGAGGAUGAGGAUGAAAAUGGAGCUGAUGUGGAAAUCCUGGACGGGCUAGGCGAGAUCCAAGGUAUUGAAGACUGGCAAGGCCAGCCUGGUACGGAAGACCACCCUGCCUCCAGACCCAGUCCAUCUGUGGGCGGACAAGUUGAUGACGAAGACGACGACGGAGAGUUUGCCGGAGACGAAGCCCCGCCCAAACGCUCGUCAAAUUCGAAGUCCAAGGCCAAAGCGAAGCCGAAAACCAAGUCCAAACCCCAGACUCCCCCGUCGAAACCACCAUCAAAGGCGACCCAAAAAAGCACGAGGAAGAGACGGGUCGAAGACGAAGACUAA